GAGAACUCUGAAAGGAAUCUUGGGCUAUUAAGGAAGGCGUUGUUCUUUGCGGGAGGAGUGGGGCGCAGCGAGCUCCCUUUUAGCUCCUUGCUCCCCACGCUCCCGUCUCAUGUUAUCUCGUGUGUCGCAGGGAUCUCCAACAUCAAUGACAGCCUAUCCCAGUGCUUCAACCCGAAACACAAGAUGAUAUCAUGACGCUAACUAACCAUUCGAAGGAGUGAAGAAGUAAAUUCUAUUUACAAGGUAGAAGAUUGAUGAUAUUCCCAUCAUCAAACUCCCGUAGUCAGUCACGCCACAACCUGAAUUGAGCAACACAAAGACUCGCAUCGCAUCGCGCGCGCAUACAAACACCUUAGGGGGGGGUUCAUCACAGUCAAGAAGGCCACCGUCAAUUGCCCGCAUCACAAAAACCAUCGACAUAUCCAACCGCGGAGGAAAGGACAUGGGUGACGGACCGGCCAACCAAGGGCCCGUUUCCGUCCCCAGCAGAAGUACUAAUAACAUCAGUACUCCUACUUCCGCAUCUGCAACCACACCCGCACACCCACCCGCGCCCGCACCUGUUACCGGCUCCGGCCGCGGUGGUGUAACAUCAACAUCAACAUCAACCACGCCAACAGCCACCACCGGCUUCCGCCACCAAGCCAUCCGCAUCCAAGAGCCCUCGGAACGGCGGCCCCUCCUCCCACAGCGUGCCGCCUUCUCGCACAACCUCGACGGCGACGUCUUCUCCUGCCAGAGCUACGGCACCACCCCCGGCGGCGGCGGCGGCGGCGGCAACAACGGCAACGAUGGCACCAGCCCCGGCGGCAACUCGCCGCACGUGCGCGGCCUCCCCGUGUACACGACGAUCCACCGGAUCCGGCGCGACAUCAUCUCGGUGGUGGAGGACUACCUGUCGCUGGACCAGCUGCGCGACGUGCGGCUCAACGUGUCGGUGAUCCGCCCGCUGGUCGACAAGCUGUACGAGCAGGACGACAUCUCCAUCGUGUACGCGCUGCUGGUCAACCGCGCCCGCUUCCUGAGCGAGCAGGCCCACCUGUCCAACCGCCAGAACGUCAACUUCACCCGCGCCAUGCUGUGCGAGCUCAUCGCCACCCGCAUCCUGCGCCGCUUCAACGAGGACAACGAGGGGCCCCGCAACCUGCUCGUUCUAGCCCAUAUCUUGAUUGCUGGGUUUGAGCCGUUUCAGAACGCCCCCGAGUCGGUUCGUGCCGAGGCGGGCGCUGGUGCCUCGAACGCCCGCCACCGGACCCUGCCCGCGCUGGAGGUGGCCAUCUUGAGUGAGAGUCGCGUGUUCUUGGCGAGUACCAGUUGCCAGAAGAUUGUCGACGCCAUCUACGAGGGGCGGGUGAUUUACACCCCCUCAACCUACAUGGACAUCAUACCCGACCGGUACAAGCAGCGGCCCAUCUCGCUGUACAACCCCCGAGAGGCGCCGCUGCUCAACCACUACCGCCUGGUGGUGCCGCGGACGAGGAAUCUCCUCGAGAUGAUGCACUUUGUGGUGCUGCUGGCGCUGUACCUCGCCUUCAUGAGCGAGCGGGACGGCACGCGCAUCACCACCCUCGAGAUGUGUUUUACCUUUUACGCCCUCGGAUGGGUGCUGGACCAGUUUGCGACGCUCUUGGGCCACGGAUGGGAUGUCUACGCCCAGAACCUCUGGUCCUUUCUCGACGUCACCUUCGCCGUCAUCUACUGGAUCUACCUGGUCAUCCGCGUCUACGGCUGGGGGACGGGGACGGCUGAAGCCGGGCAGCAGGCCCUCGACGUGCUGGCCAUGGGUGCCCCGGUGCUGAUUCCCCGCCUGGCGUUUAAUCUGCUCUCGGACAACCUGGUGUUCCUGUCGCUCAGGUCUAUGAUGUCCGACUUUGCCCUGCUGUCGGCUCUGGCCAUCUGGUGCUUCCUCGGCUUUCUGCUAUCGCUGGUCUGGCUGGGGAAUGGACAUUUUGGCGCUGGGACCAUCAGCAAGUGGAUGAUCUACAUCUGGUUCGGCCUGGAUGGAUCCGGUAUUCAACGCUCGACCGACUUCCACCAAAUCCUAGGCCCCGCCCUCAUGGUGACCUUUGCCUUCCUCGGCAACACGCUCUUCCUCACCAUCCUGGUCUCCAUGCUCUCCACCACCUUCGGCCACAUCGUCAACAACGCCCCCGCCGAGAUCCAGUUCCGCCGCGCCGUCAUGACCCUCGAGGGCGUCAAAGGCGACGCCAUCUUCGCCUACCCGCCGCCCUUCAACAUCCUCGCCAUCCUCUUCCUCGUCCCCCUCAAAUUCUGCGUCUCCCCGCGCUGGUUCCACAAGAUCCACGUCCUCUCCGUCCGCCUCAUCAACCUGCCCAUCCUGCUGCUCAUCGCCCUCGCCGAGCGCCGCUCCCUCACGCCAACCCCUAGCAACCUCCUCCCCACCUUAUCCCCCGCCCCGACCAUCGCCCGCGGCGGCUACCCGGCCCUCAAGAUCCGCCGCCGCUUCUGGGACCGUUGGCGCAUCACCGCCCACGGCGACAUCUCCACCGUCUUCGACGUGCCCCUGCCCGACCACGUCCUCGCCGAUAUUGCUGCCGACGACGACAUGACCCGCCACCUCAUCCGCCGCCAGUUCGCUUCCGCCCGGUCUGCCGGUGCUGGUGCGGGUGCGGGUGGUGGUGGUGGUAGUGGGGGUGAUAGCCACCAUGCCACGCCGCAGCCAUCGCCGGACAUGCUGCUCAAGCCGGCGGGACUUGGUGGACGGGGACGGGCGGUGGAGGCGGUGCCGCCACCGGGGCAGGGCGGGCCGCGGCUGGUUGGGCGCAGGGACAGUAUUGCGCCGUUCCCGGGUCUGCGUGCCGAGCUGCAGGGGGUGUUGAGCGAGAGUGAUGAGGUCAGUGAUAUCACGUCGCGGCUGGAGGCGUUGGAGGAGGGGGUGGAGAGGAUUGAGGGGUUGUUGGAGAGGUUGGUUGGGGGGAUGGUGGCGUCGUCGAGUGGGGUGGGGAGUGCGAGUCCGAGUGAGGAGGCGGUGGAGACGGAGACUGAUGAUGGGGAGGGGGAUGGGGAGGGGGUGGGGGAUGGGGUUGCUGCUGGGGGCCCGGUGGGGGUAAGGGAGAUGGGGAGGAGGAGGUCGUUGUCGCUGGCGGAGUUGAAUCGGGAGGCGGAGGAGGAGUGAGUGAGUGUAAGUGAGUGAGUGGGUGAGUGAUGGGGGGGAUAGAAGGUGGGGGUGCAUUGCGAGGCGUUUCGCAGCGGCGGCGGUCGUGUGUUUUUUGAGCCUAGUGAUACGAGGAAUAAAGAAGGUGGUUUUUUGGCUUUCAGAUGCCCCCCGGGUGACCACAGUGAUGAGUUCGGAUCAUGGUGAUAAGGGUACUUGACUCGUUGUCCCCAAAUACCACAAUUCAACAGACUCAACAGACAGUGUUCCUCCAACUCGAGCACUUUUUACAUUCCCAGCUCGUGCCUUCCCGCGGAGACAACUUAACACUGCCUCACACCAUUUCCAUUAACCAAAUCCAGCUCAAUUCCCACCAGAGAAGACCUCAACCCAACCAAUACAAGGCACCACCACUUAAGAACCACCAG